AUUGAACCAAGGGCCCAUGGUGCGACCGGCAGUUGAGACGCUAUGAUCCCCCACUUCAAUUGAUGAAUGCCAUGACAAUAUUAGAUUUGAGAGAACGUUUGCUUUUGCAAAUAUCGCAGACACAAAGCUACUCGCUGGGUGUGUAUGUCCGAGAGGCUGGUUCGCAACCAGAGGACAUGUCGCAAAGUCCGUCGCAAACCGCCUGAUUGGUAAUCUUCCUGGGGGCCGCUCCUCCAUCCUACGGACUCAAUUUCAACCUUGACAUGAAGUUGAUAGUCGGAAUUCACCAUCGCUUCCAUCACAAUCUAUGUUACAGCAAACUCCGGUCUCACUCUGAAGCUUCACUUCAAUUGAUACCAGUCCCGUCACAAGCAUUUGUCCGCUAUGGUCGCAAUGGGAGGCGGUCCAGAAGUUCCGUCGCGGGGAGACUCAAAGGAGCUGCUUCUUUGCGUGCUUCCUUGGCCCCAAAAGUCGUCGGAAAAGAUGAUGAAUGAAAUCAGGGAUGAGUUUCCGAAUCUGGAUCUGCAGUAUGUUCAAGAGAAGUAUGAGAAGAGGUCUGACCGAGGGACAAUGGUCUUACCUGAAGAAAUCUACAAGCACGCCCACGUACUUGCGACUCUACAUUGGCUACCCCCCAAAGCCUCAGCUGUUCCUGAGCUGGACCUGAUCCAAUUCUUCUCAGCCGGGACUAAUCAUGUUGCACAUCAUCCAAUAUACAAGGAUUCAACGAUCCCGCUGACCACCGCAUCCGGGGUUCAUGGCCCUCAAAUCUCUGAAUGGGUUAUCAUGAUGCACCUCGUGCAUAGCCACAACUACAUCCCGUUGUAUGAGGCUCAGAAGCGGAAGGAAUGGGAGGGAGUUGCUGGGCGCUCCGUAAGAGACGCAGUUGGACAGAGGGUCGGAGUUUUGGGGUAUGGUAGCAUAGGGCGACAAGUGGCGCGGGUGGCGAAAGCGAUGGGAAUGAAUGUCAUCGCCUACACCGCUUCACCGCGAACAACGCCUGAGUCGAAGCGAGACGAGGGAUUCAUCGUCCCUGGUACCGGUGACCCCGAUGGAAGCAUACCCUCGGCAUGGUACAAUGGAUUGGACAAGAAGAGCUUACAUGAGUUUCUGAAGCAAGAAAUCGAUCUAUUGGUUCUCUGCGUGCCUUUGACUAAGGAUACGACACACUUCAUUUCAACCGACGAAUUCUCGGUCCUCGAGAAAUCGAAUCCGCAUGGAACUUACAUAGCCAACAUCUCCCGUGGCGGCAUUAUCAACCAGGCUGCCUUGAUCAAAGCUCUUGAGACGAAGCAGAUCAGUGGCGCAGCUCUCGACGUCACGGAUCCCGAACCUUUGCCUUCAGAUGACCCACUAUGGUCAGCACCAAACUGCCUAAUCACCCCACAUGUGAGUGGAAAUACCGCCGUGUAUGCCGAGCGCGCCUUCCAGGUCCUCAGGGAGAAUCUUCGUCGGAGAAUGGAUGGCAAGAAGCUAGUAAAUCAGGUUGACCGAAAGAGAGGGUAUUGAGCGGAAAGGGCAGAUCCUUACGUAUUAUUGCAACAUAGAUGGCAAGAUACAGAAUCAGGAUCAGUUACCUUUUACUAUUCUUAGUAUCUCUCUUAAAUCUUCAGUGAAAGCACUCAUUUCUUUGACUGUUUAUGACGCUAGGCUGCUAGCAAUGCACACAGUACCUUCUCUUCACCUCCCCUCGAGCAGAGAAUUUCUCCAGAGAGAAACCUCAAGACUUACUACUAAAUCUGAUUCGUUACACAGCGGUGUUAUAAUCGAACUAAGCGCUUUAAUAUAUCCAAGUCAAAUGACCCUGACUCUAGAACACUCAACUAACCUGCUUUGUUUGAAUUCCUUUGAGGAGUUAGAAAGUUUGGUGAUUGUAUAGAUUGGUAAUUAAAAGCCAAGGAGGCCUAGUUAUAUAUAUUCGAUAGUGAAUAGCAAGG